AUGAGUUUACCAUAUGAAAGCUUAAAAACAUCUCCUCCUUAAGAAAAUGGAGAUAUAGAGCUUACUUAGCAAGGAACAGAGACAGAUAUCCAUGAUAUAGAUAUACAAGGAGAAAAAGAUAUUAGAAAUUUAAAUUAAGAAUAAAUUAGUGAGACAAAAGAAGAAGAUACUCUUUUAUAAUCUGCAAAUAGAUCUUCAAAGAGAAAAAUAAUAUGCUGGGUUUUGAUUAAUCUUUUAGGUCUUUUACUGAUAGUAUGUAAUUAAAUGUUCAUUUCUUAGAAAUGCAUGUACAGUUUAGAUAGCGAAUGUGAAGAAUUAUUCUUUGAAAAGAGAAUAUAUCUUUGGGUUCUGCAAGCUAUUGUUAAUUCAAUCAUAAUUACAUUGUGGAUUCUGAAAUUUUUAGAAUUCAACUACAAGUCAAUUUUUUAUGCUAUUUUGGUUAUAUUUUCGUAUCUAGUUGUUCACAUGUUCGGCAGUUCCAUAAGUACAAAAGAAUAUGCAGGUUUUGUUAAUUUUGCUCAAUUGUAAAUCAUCCUUCAACUCAUACAAAUAGGCUUAGGACCUAUUUUAAAGAAAAAGUUAAAAAAUAAAUGCAAAUAUGUAAUUUUGGCUGUAGUUUGCAUUGUUUUAGUUGUCAUCCUAAUUUUAAUUCCUUGGUUAAAAAGCUCUGAAUAAUGUAAAAGUUGGAAUGAGGGCAUAAAUGGCGAAAUACAAGUUUAUAAUGAAAAUGCUGACUUAAAGGACUUCUAAAAAUAUAAACCCGUUUAAGAGCAAUAAUAUUGUUCAAUAUUAUCUCCUAAAUUCUGCUGGUUUUAUUCAUUAGAUUUUAUUUUUGAUAUUUAGAAACAAUUUCCUCAAUAUAAUUGUUAAAGUGUUCACCAUUCUGAAAAAAAUUUAGAUUUGUUUAACAAAAACAUUGAACAUCACAGAUACAUAGCAUAUCCAUCAUCUAUAAAAGAAUCUGAAAUAAGCACCAAUUAUUAAUCCUUAGCUCUGAAGAAUUUAAAGGGCUUUGAUAAUGUUAAAGAUGCUCACUUAAGCGGUCACGAAGUUAUUUUAGAUAGACUUAACUACAGAUAUCACAUCUAAAUUAAUAAAAAUAAGACUCUCUCUGAAGAAAGGCAAGAUAUUAAUGAAAAAAAAAGUACCAAAUCCAUAGUAGAUAAUAUUCUUUUGAUAAAUGUGAACGGAAUUAGUAGAAUAUAAAUGCAUGCAAAAUUACCUAAAACUAUAGAAUGGUUCAAAAAAUUUAACAGCAAUAACACUGCUAACGAAGAUUAAUUGGAGAUGCUCACUCAAACCAAAAACAAUCACAGUUCUGUAGAAUACAUGAGAUACAAUUCAUUCAGUUUUAAGAAAGAUAUUUAGUCUUUGUAAUUAUUUUAUGGCUAAGCCAAUUUUAAUGAAAACGAAGAAAGAUUGGAUUCAAUAUUUGAUUUCUUCAAGAAUGAAGGCUAUGUGACAGGUUAUUCUAACACUUUUUGCUCUCCAUCUUCCUAAAAAGAAUAGGAAAACAUAAAAAAAUAUAUUAAACCGGUAAUCAAAGAUCAUGAUUCAUCUUCCACCUUCGCUUGUGAUCCUAAUUUUGAAGAUCCUUAGCAGUCUUUUAAAUGGUUGAAAGGAUCAGAAUCGUUUUUUACUAGGUGUUUGUAUGGUGAGCAGGUUCAUAGCUAUUCAUUUAACUACACUUAGAGUUUCUUUGAGAAAUAUGAUUAAAAUAAAAAAUUCUUUAUGUUGGAAUUUGCUGAAGGAAGAGAAAAAACAGGCAAAAUUGUUAAAAAUAUAGAUUAGGAUUUAUUUUAAUUUUUGGAAAAAAAUUAAAGCAUUCUUGAAAACUCUAUGAUAAUACUAAUGAGUUCCUAAGGACAACCUGAUUCCAAAACUAUUUAUUCCCUCCUAUCUCUUGAGGCUGAAAAAAUAUCUAAAAAAUUGCCAUUCCUUUUAAUGAGAAUACCCACAACUAUUGAUCAGUAGCUAAGAAAAAAUUUAAUAGAAAAUUCUUAAAAACUCAUAACUAUUAGAAAUUUGCACUUUACUCUAAAGCAUUUAGCAAAUGGUACAGAUUUUAAUUAAAAAUAAGAGUCUUUACUCAACUCAUUGAGCACUUAUAGUCAAUGCACUGAAAUUGGAAUAUCCAAAAAAGAUUGUUCAUGUGAAUACUCUAUUUAAUAUUGA